AUGGGGAUCGCGCGUUCGGCGGUCGAGGAACGGUUUGUGCCUGGUCAACCUGACCACGGCGAUAUGCUAGCGGCCUUCAAGCGCCAUGGUCUGGACAAAGACCAGGCUGAGUCUGAAGUGAUGCUCCAAAUCCUUGCGGGAGCGGACACCACUGCGACCGCACUACGAGCAACCAUACUCUAUAUCAUUUCGAAGCAGCAGGUGUUGCGCAGGAUUUUGGCCGAAUUUGGUGAACAUGGAAUCGAGAACCCGGGAACACCAUCUGAUACUGAAAUGGAGAUUUUGUCCUCUGAAAAGCUUCAACACCUGAGUUACUUGUAUGCGUGUAUUAGGGAAGAGGUCUUCGACCGAGACCCCCUGCCACCGGGUACCUCCAGAAAGAAGUGCCUCCGGAAGGAGAAACGCUCCCGGACGGACGAUUGA